CGGCGGUGGCAGCGCCGCGGCAGGAGGGGCGGGCGCGGGCGCGGGCGCGGUUUUCCGCCCUCGGUCUCCGGGUAACAGCCGCGGUCCGCCAGAGCCGCCCGGAGGCCGCCGCGCGCAGAGCCCGAGGAGCCGCGAGGAAAGGAAAUAUCAAAAAGAAGGCCAGCCUUCCCCAGCUCUCUAGGACCUGGUGUUGGGACUAGGAAGUGUGUGUGAGUCUGGUGUCUAAAUGUGGACGGUCGUGCGUUACGUCUCUGGUGACUCCUGCUCAGGUCAUGCCGUUGUCCCCUGAUCUAGCUGGCCGUGCCAGGUGACCAUGCCUGCUCUUGGCUCAGCUCUUCUCCAGGCGCUCUGGGCUGGGUGGGUCCUUGCCCUCCAGCCCCUUCCACCAGCUGCUUUCACUCCCAAUGGCACACAUCUGCAGCACCUGGCAAGGGAUCCCACCUCUGGCACCCUUUAUCUGGGGGCCACCAACUUCCUGUUCCAGCUGAGCCCUGAACUACACCUGGAGUCCGUGGUGUCCACAGGCCCCGUGCUAGACAGCAGAGAUUGCUUACCACCCGUGAUGCGUGAUGAGUGCCCCCAGGCCCAGCUUACUGACAAUCCCAACCAGCUGCUCCUUGUGAGCCCAGGUGCCCUGGUGGUGUGUGGGAGUGUACACCAGGGUGUCUGUGAACAGCGGCGCCUGGGGCAGCUUGGGCAACUCCUGCUGCAGCCAGAGAGACCUGGGGACACCCAGUACGUGGCUGCCAAUGACCCUGCAGUCAGUACGGUGGGGCUGGUGGCCCAGGGCUUGGCAGGGGAGCCUCUCCUGUUUGUGGGACGGGGAUAUACUAGCAGGGGUGUGGGAGGUGGCAUUCCGCCCAUCACAACCCGGGCCCUGAGGCCACUAGACCCCCAAGCUGCCUUCUCCUAUGAGGAGACAGCCAAGCUGGCAGUGGGCCACCUCUCUGAGUACAGUCACCACUUCGUGAGUGCCUUCAUGCGUGGGGCUAGUGCCUACUUCCUGUUCGUGCGGCGAGACCUGAAGACUCCAUCUAGAGCCUUUCGCGCCUAUGUGUCCCGUGUGUGCCUUUGGGAUCAGCAUUACUACUCCUAUGUGGAAUUGCCUCUGGCUUGCCAGGGGGACCGCUAUGAACUGAUCCAAGCUGCAGCUGUGGCUACAUCUGGGGAGAUGGCUGGUGGGGAGGUGCUCUUUGCAGCCUUCUCCUCAGCGGCACCCCCCACCGUGGGCCAGCCACCCUCUGCGGCUACGGGGGCAUCGAGAGCCUCUGCACUCUGUGCCUUCCCCCUGGAUGAGGUGGACCGGCUUGCUAAUCACACACGAGAUGCCUGUUACACCCGGAAGGGCCUUGCUGAGGACAAGACUGAGGUGGCUUACAUUGCUUAUCACGUCAGUUCCUCCUGUGACCAACUGCCAGUGGACACCCCGGAUGCUUUUCCCUGUGGCUCAGACCACACACCCAGUCCCAUGGCCAGCCGUGUCCCCUUGGAAGCCACACCAGUUUUGGAGUGGCCAGGGGUUCAGCUAACAGCAGUGGCAGUCACCCUGGAGGAUGGACACACCAUUGCUUUUCUAGGAGAUAGUCAAGGUCAGCUGCAUAGGGUGUACCUGGGCUCGGGGAGCGAUGGCCACUCCUAUUCUACACAGAGAAUCCAGUGGGGUUCUGCAGUGAGCAGAGAUCUCACUUUCGAUGGCAAAUUUGAGCACCUUUAUGUUAUGACCCAGACCACACUUGUGAAGGUUCCUGUGGCUUCCUGUGCCCAGCACCUGGACUGCAUGUCUUGCCUUGCUCACCGGGACCCAUACUGUGGGUGGUGUGUACUUCUCGGCAGGUGUAGUCGCCGUUUGGAGUGCUCCAGGAGCCAGCAAACAGAGCAGUGGCUGUGGAGCUUCCAGCCAGAGCCAGGCUGUCUGCGAGUGGCAGCCGUGAGCCCGGCCAACAUCAGCCGAGAGGAGAAGAGGGAGGUUUUCCUGUUGGUGCCAGACCUGCCACCUCUGUGGCCAGGGGAGUCAUAUUCUUGCCACUUUGGAGAACAUCAGAGUCCUGCCCUGCUGACUGGUUCUGGGGUGAUGUGCACUUCCCCAGAUCCCAGUGAGAUCCCGGUGCUGCCAAAAGGAGCUGACCACGUAACCAUGAGUGUGGAGCUCAGGUUUGGCACCGUGGUGAUUGUCAAAGCGUCCCUUUCCAUCUAUGACUGUGUGGCAGUUACUGAACUCCACCCAUCUGCACCGUGCCAGGCCUGCGUGAGCAGCCGCUGGGGCUGUAACUGGUGUGUCUGGCAGCACCUGUGCACACACAAGGCCACGUGCGAUGCUGGACCGAUGGUGCUAAGCCUGCAGAGCCCCCUUUUCUCCCUAGCCCCUCUUGCAAGAGACACACCCAGCCCUCUCCCACCCACAACCCCCAAAGCCAUGGUCACUGCUACCCCAUACACCAUUCCUGUGGAGCCUGGAGCUCCCUCCACAACUGCAACCUCAGAUGUGUCCCCUGGGGUCAGGCCUUCCCUGCUCAGCCCUGGGGGGCCGUGGGCAGGUCCUAGCCCUAGCCCUUCCCCUACCUCCACGGAGUCCUCUCUCCAUGAGAAGCCUCUCCUGCCCAGCCUGCCUACCAGCCCUGGAAACUCUGUCCCUGUGCCCCCUGACUUGGGACCUUCACCUUCGGCCACACCUGAGGAUCUUUCGACCACCUCCCAUCUGGCGCCCUCAGAAGUAGCAGCAAUGUCCCCUGCAGAGCCUGACCCUGAGGCCCUUCCCACUACGGUGGCCCUGGAUCAGCCCCCUGGCACUGCUCCUGCCACCACUUUCCCAGGGGCCGCUGGCUCCACGAAGCCCACUUUGGACUGGCUCAUGAGAGAAGGCGGCGAGCUGCCCGAGGCAGACGAGUGGACAGGGGGUGACGCGCCCGCCUUCUCCACUUCCACCCUCCUCUCAGGUGAUGGAGACUCAGCAGAGCACGAGGGCCCUCCCGCCCCCCUCAUCCUCCUGUCCAGCCUGGACUACCAGUACGACACCCCUGGGCUCUGGGAGCUGGGAGAGGCGAAUUGGAGGGCCAGCUCUUGUCCCUGUGUGGAGAGUGUCCAGAGCUCUACACUGAUGCCUGUACAUGUGGAACGAGAGGUCCGCUUGCUUGGCCGGAAUCUGCACCUCCUACAGGGCAGCCCUGGAGACAGUGAGUGUGUGAUGCAGCUGGAGGGCCUUGAGGUGGUGGUGAAGGCCCGGGUUGAGUGUGAGCUGCCUCCAGAUACCUGGUGCCAUGUCACAUGCCAACAGCACCAGCUCAGCUAUAAGGCCCUGCAGCCUGAGCUCCGGGUGGAGCUGUUUCUGCGUUGGGCCGGUCGCCUGCGUGUGGACAGUGCUGUUGGGCUGCACGUGGUACUGUACGACUGCUCUGUUGGACAUGGAGACUGUAGCCGUUGCCAGACUGCUAUGCCCCAAUAUGGCUGUGUGUGGUGCAAAGCAGAAUAUCCGCGUUGCAUGGCCAGGGAGGCCUGUGGCAAGGCUGAGGCUGUGGCCAUCCAGUGCCCUGCACCUCUCAUCUCCUCGGUGGAACCACUGACUGGACCUAUAGAUGGAGGUACCCGCGUCACCAUCAGGGGCUCCAACCUGGGCCAGCAUGUUCAGGAUGUACUGGACAGGGUCAGGGUGGCUGGAGUGCCCUGUGCUGUGGAUGCCCAGGAUUAUGAAGUCUCCAGCAGUCUUGUGUGCAUCACGGGGGCCAGUGGAGAGGAAGUGACUGGUACUGUGGCAGUGGAAGUGCCAGGAAGAGGACGCGGUGUCUCAGAGCUCAACUUUGCCUACCAGGACCCCAAGGUGUAUUCCAUUUCUCCAGAGCAAGGCCCCAGAGCUGGGGGAACCUACCUCAUUGUGAAUGGUUCCAAGCUCCUGACAGGACGCCUGGAGGACCUUCGUGUGGUAGUUGGAGACCAGCCCUGUCACCUGCUGCCAGAGCCACAGCUGGAAGAGCUGCGCUGUGAGACCAGCCCGUACCCCAUGCCUGCCACCCUUCCUGUGACUGUGUGGUUUGGAGCCACAGAGCGGAAGCUUCAGCAUGGCCAGUUUAGUUACACAGCAGACCCUAAUGUCACCUCUGCUGGCCCCACCAAAAGCUUUCUCAGUGGUGGGCGUGAGAUCUGGGUCCAUGGCCAGAAUCUGGAUGUGGUGCAGAUGCCAAGAAUCCGAGUGACUGUGGCCCUCAGAGCUCUGCCGCCUGUUCAGCGCAGGCGCCGUGUAGUCCCAGAGGCAGGGUGCUCCCCUGGACCCUCCUGUGGCCGUCAGCAUUUUGAGGAGCCUUGCAACGUGAGCUCUCCCCAGCUCAUCCUGUGUCGCACACCUGCCCUCCCAGGCCUGCCUGAGGACCCCUCCAUCCGGGUGGAAUUUAUCCUCGAUAAUUUGGUCUUUGAUUUUGACAAACUGAGUCCCACUCCCUUCUCUUAUGAGGCUGAUCCCAUCCUGAAGCCUCUCAACCCUGAGGACCCCACUGCACCAUUUCGGCACAAGCCUGGGAGCGUGUUCUCUGUGGAGGGGGAGAAUCUGGACCUUGCCAUGUCCAAGGAGGAGGUAGUGGCCAUGAUAGGAGAUGGCCCUUGUGUGGUGAAGACACUGACCCGGUACCACCUGUACUGUGAGCCCCCGAUGGAGCAGCCCUUCCCCCGGCAUCAUGCGCUGCGAGAGGCACCUGAUUCCUUGCCUGAGUUCACGGUACUCCCCACACAGGUGCAGAUGGGAAACCUGCACUUCUCCCUGGGUCGUGUACAGUAUGACGGCGAGAGCCCUGUGGCUUUUCCUGUGGCAGCCCAGGUCGGCUUAGGGGUAGGCACCUCUCUUCUGGCUCUGGGUGUCAUCGUCAUUGUCCUCAUGUACAGGAGGAAGAGCAAGCAGGCCCUGCGGGACUAUAAGAAGGUUCAGAUCCAGCUGGAGAAUCUGGAGAGCAGUGUGAGGGACCGCUGUAAGAAGGAAUUUACAGACCUCAUGACCGAGAUGACUGAUCUCACCAGUGACCUCCUGGGCAGUGGCAUCCCCUUCCUUGACUACAAGGUGUAUGCCGAAAGGGUCUUCUUCCCUGGCUACCGGGAGUCACCCUUGCACCGGGACCUUGGUGUGCCUGAGAACAGGCGCCCUACUGUGGAGCAGGGCUUGGGACAGCUCUCCAAUCUGCUCAAUAGCAAGCUUUUCCUCACCAAGUUCAUACACACGCUGGAGAGUCAGCGCACCUUCUCGGCACGGGACCGCGCCUACGUGGCAUCUCUGCUCACUGUCGCCCUGCAUGGGAAGCUUGAGUACUUCACCGACAUCCUUCGCACUCUGCUCAGUGACCUGGUAGCCCAGUAUGUGGCCAAAAACCCCAAGCUGAUGCUGCGCAGAACAGAGACUGUGGUGGAGAAGUUGCUCACUAACUGGAUGUCCAUCUGCCUCUACACCUUCUUGAGGGACUCAGUAGGGGAGCCUCUGUACAUGCUCUUCCGAGGGAUUAAGCAUCAAGUGGACAAGGGGCCAGUGGACAGCGUGACUGGCAAAGCCAAAUACACCCUCAAUGAUAACCGCUUGCUCAGAGAGGAUGUGGAGUACCGACCCCUGACCUUGAAUGUGCUGUUGGCUGUGGGGCCUGGGGCGGGAGAGUCCCAGGGUGUGCCAGUGAAGGUCCUGGACUGUGACACCAUCUCCCAGGCCAAGGAGAAAAUGCUGGACCAGCUUUAUAAAGGAGUGCCUCUUGCCCAGCGGCCGGACCCUCAUACCCUGGAUGUUGAGUGGCGGUCUGGGGUGGCUGGUCACCUCAUCCUUUCUGAUGAGGAUGUCACUUCUGAGGUCCAGGGCCUGUGGAGGCGUUUGAAUACUCUGCAGCAUUAUAAGGUCCCAGACGGAGCAACUGUGGCCCUUGUCCCCUGCCUCACCAAGCACGUUCUCAGGGAGAACCAGGACUAUGUCCCAGGAGAACGGACUCCAAUGCUGGAAGAUGUAGAUGAGGGGGGCAUCCGGCCCUGGCACCUGGUGAAGCCGAGUGAGGAGCCAGAGCCACCCCGGCCUCGGAGAGGCAGUCUUCGGGGCGGGGAGCGGGAGCGAGCCAAGGCCAUCCCCGAGAUCUACCUGACACGCCUGCUGUCCAUGAAGGGCACCCUGCAGAAGUUCGUGGAUGACCUGUUUCAGGUGAUUCUCAGCACCAGCCGCCCUGUGCCUCUGGCUGUGAAAUAUUUCUUUGACUUAUUGGAUGAGCAGGCCCAGCAGCAUGGCAUCUCCGACCAGGACACCAUUCACAUCUGGAAGACCAACAGCCUGCCUCUGAGGUUCUGGAUCAAUAUCAUAAAAAACCCGCAGUUUGUGUUUGAUGUGCAGACGUCUGAUAACAUGGAUGCUGUGCUGCUUGUCAUCGCACAGACUUUCAUGGAUGCCUGCACCUUGGCUGAUCACAAGCUGGGCCGGGACUCCCCCAUCAACAAGCUUCUGUACGCUCGGGAUAUUCCUCGGUACAAAGGAAUGGUGGAAAGGUACUACGCAGACAUUAGACAAACCAUCCCAGCCAGCGAUCAGGAGAUGAACUCCACCCUGGCCGAGCUGUCACGGAACUACUCCGGUGACCUUGGGGCACGAGUGGCGCUACAUGAGCUCUACAAGUAUAUCAACAAAUACUAUGACCAGAUUAUCACUGCCCUGGAGGAGGAUGGCACAGCCCAGAAGAUGCAACUGGGUUAUCGGCUCCAGCAGAUUGCGGCUGCUGUGGAAAACAAGGUCACGGAUCUGUAGGGACCUGGAAACUGCUGUUGCUGUAGCCCGCCUGGGCAGGCCUGGAACCUUGAUGGAGAAUCCACCAUCUUAGAUGCCUGUAGUGACUGACAAGCAGAGUUAGAGGAAAGUGGCUCCCCGUCUCCUUAGGCUCUGGCCUGGGUGCUGUUGGACCAUCUUGCAGGCCUGGGACCAGGAGGCUCAUGGGGCAGUGCCUGGCCAGCUCUGAGCCCAGGGACCCUGUGAGCUACUUCCUGUGUGACACCAGUCUGCAGGGAGUUGGGAAUUAAGGGUUUCCAGAGAGUGGCUGGAAGGGCCUCGGGGCCCCUGACGAGACUGUGCUGUUUGUGAGUACUGGCCUUUGUCCCAUCAGGAUUCUGAGGGGAAGGAAAGCCUUCCUACUUCCUGUUUUCCUCUUUUGUCUUCUUUGAACUUGGUUCAGCUUCCUCUGUACUGUUGCUGCUGCCACCUGCAAGGUCUGAGAGAUAAAUGCCAUUUCCAGGUCACUGCACACUGACCUCUCUGCUGGGCUGGCUGUCUCAGGCCACCCUGCCUCCCAGACAGCACUUAGGUACCCUGUGUGAGGGUCACGAGCUGCAGGGGCUGCUCGGCUAGAGGGCAGCCUGCUCACCCAGCUUGUCAUUAAAGGAUAACACACUGUGUGGCGUCUGAUGUGUGGGCCACCAGCCCUUCCCUAGUAUGUGGGAGGCAUCUGUGCCCCCACAGAAGGUCCCCCAACUGCAGUCCUUGGCUGCAGGGCAUGUCCUGCAGGGAUAAAGCUGGGGAAGCCAUGAGAACUCCAUCCGUACUGGGCUGGGGGAGGCCUGUGAGAUAGAAGGGUUCACUGUCUCUUCAAGGGGCCUCGCUGUGUGAAAUGUGAGUGUUAUUUUGAAAGGAGUUGGGGCAGGGUGGCACUGUGGCAGCCAGCUCUAAACAGCAUGAAUUUUUCCUGUGGCCCUAUUUCUGGACCCUUGGUUUCACAACUUCCUUCCAAAUCAAGGGUUCAACCUAACUGUCUGCCUGCAGGAAGGCGUCUUGUGUGUGUUUCCCCAUUUGCAGCUAGAGGUGAGUUUUGAGGCUUAGUGGGGUCUCACGCUGCUAUUGGGUCAGUAAGGGUGGGGGCUGAUGCCCUUUGGGCUGAGACUACCCUUGGCCUCAGCAGACCAGACCCUUACCAAACAGAGAUGAGAGGAGGCCCUUCAGAUGAGGAUUCCUCAGAAGGCUCACUCCCGUGGCUCUUUGCUUACUCCCCAUUACCCAGUGGCACCCCCACACACCCAUCUCCCUUGCCCACUGUCCGGAAGCCUCUGCCUCUGUUGGGGUUUUCUUGAGUGUUUGAGGAGACGGACUGAUACAGGCCCAGAAGGAGUCCUUUCCUUCCUCUUCUUGGCCACAAAGCAGUCUGCAAGUCUUUGUCCUUAAGAUAGCAGGAGUCACACAGUUGGUAUUGUCCACAUCAGGGGGAGUCACAGCUGCUCCUCUGUGCUGGUUCUAAGGACCCUUCCUCAUUUCUGCCAGAUGUGGGGAGCACAGUCUUGUGCUGUCGUUUGGGAGCAUGUGACCUUUAGUUCUUUGAGUGAGUGCCCCAGGAAGGUCUUGUUCUUUCUGGUACUAAGGAUUCAACCCAGGACUCACAUGUGCUAGGCAAACACUCCGCCAUAGGGCUAUAUCACCAGCCUUUUUUAUUUUUUUAUUUCAAGACGGGCUUUGAAAGUUGCCCAGACUGGCCUCGAAUUUGCAAUCCUCCUGUUUUGGCCUCCAGAGGCCCUGGGAUGACCGGCGUUUGCCACCACCCCGGCCCAGCUAGAUUUUUAUAAUCUCUUGAAAUGGUUCAGAAUUUCCUCUUGUGGCUCUGGCAAACUAUAGAGUGGUCGGUCUCAGGGAGCAGGGCCCACGGGGAAUUUUAGACUAGGGUGGACCUCAGCGGGUAUAAAGGGUGACAGCCUUGGACAGCGCUGUAGGGACUGUGGGACAGCUGGGCUGCUGUGGCAGACUGCAUAGUCGAGGGCUGGCUGGAGAGGAAGGCUGGGUCCUAUGCACGCCCUCCAAAUCACAUGCUUCCGUGUCUCCCCUCACCAACACUGCUGUGAUAAAAGAUGUAAAGGAGCCAGGUGGCUCAGGCUUGUAAUCCCAGCUCUUGGGAAGCUGAGGCAGGAGGAUUUUGCAAAUUGGAGGCCAGCCUGGACUACAUAGUGAAACCCUCUCUCUACAAAACAAAACCCCACUACAGCCAGAGAGAAAACUCUUCACUUAGUUGAGUGGAGAUGCCAGUGCUGUCAGGGCUUUGUGAUUGUUCACUGGGGUUUAGGCCACAAUUUCAUUGUACAAUGUGAUUCGGUUUGACCAAUCUUUCCUUUUUUCUUACCAAGAUUGCAAAGAUGCAGUCUGUUAGCACAUGGGGCCACUGUUUCACAUCUCCUGGGGCUCCUUGAGGAGUUUGUGGAAUGACUUGGUUUCUUAAAAUAGUUUUCACUAAUUUAAACAUUAGAGUAAUUGUCCACAUGGUUAGAAGAUCCAGGAAUAUUUUUAUUAACUUUUUGAUGUUGAAAAAAUCAUGUGCUGGUCAAUAUAAUAACAACUGAAUUUGUGAUAAUAAAAGUUGGAAUCAUCUUGGAA